ACUUCCUUAACUGCUACUGGAUCUGGAUUCAGAAUGGAUUUGUGGUGAUGGUCACAUGAGAGUCAGUGUCUAAGUGCACUCGUCUAGCAACAGCGCAAUGAAGAACUACAAAGAAACGCAGGAACUGAACAAGAUAAAGGCGUUAAAUACCAACAGCGGCAAUACAACUGUACUGUCAUAACAGUAAUACCUCAAUAACCAACAAAAGGUAGUGCAUGAUGAUUUCCAGAGAACAAUAGAGGUGGUAUCCUGGAAGUUCGGCCAAUGGCGGCCAAGUCGGUCCUGCUGAAGGUGAUCUUGCUGGGGGAUGGCGGGGUGGGCAAGAGCUCCCUCAUGAACCGCUACGUCUCUAACAAGUUCGACUCGCACCUCUUCCACACCAUCGGCGUGGAGUUCCUCAACAAGGACCUGGAGGUGGAGGGCCGCCCGGUCACCAUGCAGAUCUGGGACACGGCUGGCCAGGAGCGAUUCCGCAGCCUGAGAACCCCCUUCUACCGGGGCUCAGACUGCUGCCUGCUCACCUUCAGCGUGGACGACAGCCAGAGCUUCUGCAACCUGGACAACUGGAAGAAGGAGUUUGCGUACUACGCCGACGUGAAGGAGCCUGACGGCUUCCCCUUCGUGGUGCUGGGCAACAAGCUGGACGUGGGCGAGCGGCAGGUGGCCUCUGAGGAUGCCCGGCGCUGGUGCCUGGAGAACGGGGGCCAUCCCUACUACGAGACCAGCGCCAAGGACGCCACCAACGUGGCCCAGGCCUUCGAGGAGGUGGCCCGCCGCGUGCUGGCCGCCGACGACAAGCCCGAGCACCAUGUCGCCACGGGGACCGUCGACCUACGAAGGAAGCCCCGCUCUGGCGCCACCUGCUGCUGAACGGGGAGCAUUGCGGAUUCCUGCGGGCUUUCCAGUUGCGUUCACGGGUAUACUAGCAUACAGAUUGUGUAAAGAGAGAACUUUGAUGCUGUUAGCCCUUUCAGUCCCAAGCCCAAUAUGAAUUGGCUCCACCUGAAUCCCAAGGGGUUUUUGCUUUGGUUGACAGAAUUGGAAGUUUUGUAGGGUUUUAAUGGGGACUCAAAACAAUAGUAUAGCAGUCAAUUUGAUUGGUUGAAAAGGUAUAAGGUGAAGAGUGCACUCUGAAAAGGACUGAAAGGGUUAACUAAAUAAUUCAAGCUAGGACUUCCGAAUUUUGAAAGUGUUUUUACACUUGCAAUAUAUACACUUUGUUUAAGAUUUUUAACAGCAAUCAGUUUACAUAGAAUUUAAGGUGGAUGGUGCAAACAUAAAAUAUAGACUUUUCAUAAUUUAUAGUAUAAAGAACAUGAUUAAGCCCUUUAUAAUGUCUUCAUGUUUAUUUCUUAGACCUCAUGUAGAAGUAUCUUUCUAUGAAUAACAUCAGCUUUACUACCAGGAGUCUGAUUCUGAAGGUCAUGUAUUGUUUAGCAAUAGUAAAUGCACAUGGGGUAUAACUGCAGGCCUUGCAUUUGGUAUGUUUGUUACUGACCUUACAGUGCUUCUGCUGUGGCACAAGAGGCGAGAGAUGGUUGAGGCAGAAGCACAAUUCAGUUUAUUUUAGUUUAGUUUAUUAGAAUAUUUCUAAUAUUAUUUGUAAAAUUCUGGUGUAAACCUUUACUGCAAAAAACAUGAUGAACAGGUGCACAAUAAAGUCUGCUUUUAAAGUGACCACUAAUAGGCUAUUUGUACAAGAUUUCUUAAAAUUGCAAUUGCACUUAAUUAUGAGAUAUUUAUAUUGUAUAAAACUCUCCUGAAGAGAGGAUAGCUUGUUUCAUUAUAAAUGUUGAGUUUAUGUUGAGUUUAUUCCUCAACCUGUGCUCUUAGGCUUCCAGGUUUUAAAUCUGUAAAUAUAAAUGCAAUAAUUUCCAUUAUAACAUACGCAUUUAUUUUGCAUUACUGAAUAACAUUUUAAAUGCUCCUAUAAAUCCUGACACUUUAUUAGCAUUUUCUUUUUGGAACAAAAUUAUACAUUUAUUUUUUCUUCUUUAUAUGUAUUUAUAUGUUGCUAGCUUUCACGACUGUUUCAUGAAUUGCAAAUUAAUCUGUUGUAUUUAUUAAUUUGUUUACAUUGUUUAAAUUGAUUUGCUGUAGCUCUGCUCAAUCCACAUAAAUCUGUGUCAAAUCAUUUGUGUGCUAACACUAACAGAUUUUGCAUGAAAUAAAAUCUGUCAAUGGAGCAAUA